GACAACCGUCGAGCUUGGCGUCAACAACAAUAAUAAAAGAUUGCAGCAGCAGGGUCGCCGUUUAUUUGUUUUUCUAAUUCACCGUCCCGUCGCCAACUCUGCACAUCACAUCUCUAAAAAACUUAACUCGAGUAAAAAACAAAAAAUGCGUUUGGUAAUUCAAGACAAUGCCGAUUUAGUGACCGACUGGGCUGCUCGAUAUGUUCUCAAACGGGUCAAAGAUUUUAAUCCCGGGCCUGACAACUUUUUCGUCCUUGGCCUGCCAACUGGAAGUACUCCACUCGGCAUGUACCGCAAAUUGAUUCAAUUCCACAAGCAAGGCCGAAUUUCUUUCCGUUACGUGAAAACGUUCAACAUGGACGAAUACGUCAAUCUGCCGCGUGAUCACCCCGAAUCGUAUCACUACUUUAUGUGGAACAAUUUCUUCAAGCACAUUGAUAUUCUACCGGAGAACGUGCACAUUCUGGACGGCAACGCCAGCGAUUUGCAGGCCGAAUGCCUUGCCUACGAGGAGAAGAUUAAAGGAGCUGGCGGAGUCCAUCUUUUCAUCGGAGGAAUCGGCCCUGACGGACAUAUAGCUUUCAACGAGCCCGGCUCUUCCCUCGUAUCCAGAACCCGUUUGAAGACUUUGGCACAAGAUACCAUCAUCGCCAACGCCAGGUUUUUCAACAACGACCUGUCAAAAGUUCCAAAACAAGCGCUGACGGUCGGUGUGGGCACCGUAAUGGACGCCAAAGAGGUGAUGGUGCUAAUUACCGGCGCCCAUAAAGCCCUGGCUCUCUACAAGGCUGUGGAAGAAGGAGUCAACCACAUGUGGACCGUCUCGGCCAUCCAGCAGCACCCCCGUGCUCUCCUCAUUUGCGACGAGGACGCCACGCUGGAACUCAAAGUCAAGACGGUGAAAUAUUUCAAGGACCUGUGGGAAGUUCAUAAUGAGCUGGUGGAAGAUGUCCCCAGCAAUCUUGAUCUCCUUCCUUCUUUAGGUUAAAACAAAACAGAAAGAAUUUGUGGGACGUUCACAGCAAAUUAGUCGACCCGCUAGACGACGUCAAGACUCCAGAUGGAACCCAGGCCUAAAAGAAAAUAAGACAAAGAAAUGAUGAUGAUGAUGAUGACGAUAUGGAAGUUUCGCGACUCCGCCCGGAAUUCUGUAGAGAAAUUUAUAUUAUCGGUCCAGACAGCCUUUGUGUGUGUGUGUGUGUGUGUGUGUUCGCACCGUAUCACAUCCAGAUUUGUUUUUUAUUCAUGUUUAUUUUUUAUUUUUUAUUCAAAUCUCUAUAUUGAAUGUUUUAGAUGUGAUGUUACAAAAGAAUUGGAGAAGGACA